GAGAGCCCUGUUGUCUCCAGCAGCCAUCUGUCUGCCCAGUGUAGAGCUGAGAGGGGUUGCUCUCAUUGAAGUGAAGAGGGACUUCAGAAACUCUUGGAGGACAGUGGAAGUUGAUAAAAAUGCUUCUUUAUUGUUAAAACCAACACGUUCUGGCCCUUAACUGUCAUUAGGGUUGCUCUCACUCACAUAAGAGCUGAUGGAUGGGAUGCUAGGAGUGGAUGUGUUUCUUUACCCUGAUGGACUGAGAAUUGCUACACCAGAGGAUAUUAGGCAAUGGGAGCUGGAGACCGCCAGCCAGGUGUCCAGCCAGGUGUCUCAGGAACCCCCGGUCCGACUCUUUGUGGCUCUUUUCCCAUACAACCCUGCUGCGAUGUCCCCAAACCCUGAGACCGCUGCGGAGGAGCUCCCUUUUGUGCCAGGACAGAUCAUCAAGGUGUUUGGAGAUAAAGACGAUGAUGGUUUCUACCAUGGGGAGUCUGGUGGUCUGUCUGGUGUCGUGCCUAGUAACAUGGUAUCUGAGAUCCCAGUGGAUGAUGACUACCUCAAGCAUCAGCUCAUGCAGCAGGGUUUCCUGCCUGUCGACCACACAGAUCCCAGUGAGGAGUCCAGCGUGCUAGAUGACUUGGUCGUCCGCAGGAUGGUGGCCAUCUUUGAGUAUGACCCUUGGGAAAGUUCCCCCAACAUGGACAGCGACGCUGAGCUCGCCUUUCGUGCAGGGGACAUAAUAUAUGUGUUUGGUGAUAUGGAUGAAGAUGGAUUCUAUUAUGGGGACCUUCAUGGGCUGAGAGGUCUGGUGCCAUCCAACUACCUGGAACCACUUCCAUGGGAAUAGGAUUAACAAGGAGCAUCCGAUACAUGAGAUUAUGCCAAGAAUCAGAAUCAGAUACAAAUGAACAAAAACACUUUUUCAAGGAUAUCUGAAAGGAUAUUACUGUGUCAAAGAUCAAGAUUUUGUCAUGUUUUUUCUUCUGCAUAAGUACAUGUGACCACAGAAAUCUCCUCGAAGAUUUGUAAUGAUCAUGGAAUAGGGGUUUUAUGAACCAUGUGCAGGCUAUCACGCACAGUAACGCAGUAGACAGAUUUGUCCAAAUAAAUCCUAUGAACUACAAACCUUUUGUUGGACAUUUUAAGGUGCAGUAAGAUUGGCCAAAAUAAUGACAUCAUGGUUAUCGCAUUACAUAAUGCUUUGUCAACAGCUAGGGUAUUGUAGCCUUAAAAAUAUGAUUUUUAUUCUCACUUUGCUGAUGGGGAUGUAUGUUGUAGUUAUGCCUAUAUUUGCCUUACUACACCUUUCUGUUUAGGAAAUAUCCAUGCACAUUUUAUAGUGAAGGCUGUGAGAAAUAUUUCCUGUUAGAGAUAUUAUUUUCUUCCUUAGUAAUAUGCACAAUUGUUUUUUUUUUAAUUUUGGUAAAUACCAACUGAGAUUCUGAUGGGAACAUUGAGCACGUUGAAUGAAGAUAUCUAUGCAGAAUUUAGCAGUACUAUUAAACUGUUCAUAUUCUGAAAAUC